CUGAUUUGUUCAGGCUCCUUCGAUCAAACGCCCUAGAAAGCGCCUGCCUGGUAAGCUGCCAAAAAUACGCAAAUUAUAUCACAUAUUUUAGCAAAAUGUAACCGUAGGAGUCAGUUUUUAGCAAAAUUAAGCGUCCGUCCCUCACCAUUUCCUUUUGAGUUAAAGCUAUUAUAAAAAUGCGGCAUUGCACCUUUUCGUGUAGGAUUCUUAACUGACUGAGCCUUGCCAAUUUCGAGAACCAAAAAAUAAUCUUUUAUGGGACAAGAACGGGUAAAGAAAGGAUUAACACAGAUCUAAGAUAUAGAUUUUAAUAAACUUAGGCUAAAUUAAAAAUAAAUAAUUUUUUAGGUGUAUCAUUACUUUGAAAGUACCUACAGCAUCACAAAUAUUUAUCUGUAGCUGGAGUUUUGAGAAUUAGGCUGACCACAGAGUUGGGUUUUAAUCAUCCUCACGGCGGUCAAAUCGAAAUAAAAUGCAGCGAGAAAAGAACAAACAAUCAACUCCUCUUGCAAAUAAUUCCAUGCAUGUCCGGCUACUGCAAUAGCGAAAAAAGAACAUCGUUAGCCUACUGGUAAAUGCCUCUGGCCGAUCAAAGACUGAUAAAAGAGAUCAAUAGGUAAAGCGAGAAGUUUUAUUUUACGACUUUAGAGAUAAUAUUGGAAGUCAUGAACCAUGACCAACCAAAUGUUCCCUUCGCGGGAAAAGUUUGACUGCACAUAGCGUCCAUGACAACGGAAUCGAAGCGUCCAAUCAGGGUUCAGAACAGAAAUAUCCAAGCUUCGCUUCCCAUACUUCGUCGAGCGUAAAUGCAAGAUGGUGUAUAGUUCAGCCUACAGACGGGCCUAUAGAAAACCUCUGUGGGAUGAUUAUGGUAAGGAAGAAUUUAUUAGUAAGUUGCAGUAUAGGUCAGAUCGAAGGUCAAUAGAACAUCGCCAUCAGCCUUGGAGAUGGGACAGCGAAAGUGAAGAAGAAGAUAUUGAAGAGAUUCCGGCACACGAUGGCAGUUAUGAUGGGGGACGCCGUCAGUUUCAUCCAGACGAGAAAAAAGCUGAUAAAAAACCGCCAAAGAACGCAUGGGAAGAGGAGAAAGAUUUCAAAGAGAACGAUCAUGCUGAAAGAGCCUUACCUUUGCCCGAAAGACUUAAGUUUGACGAAGCAGAGAAAGAAGAAAAACCAAAAUAUACGCGUUCUGCGGAGGACGCGAGACUAAACGAACGUGAGUCUCGCGGUGGCAGAGAUCACAGGCGUAAACAUCACAGAUCGUCGGGAGAUGAAAAGAAACAGCGAUCACACUCGAAUUCACCGGAAAAGGAUCCAAUCUCUAGGGAUAGAAGAAAGAAAGCGCCCUUUCUCCCUUAUGGAAUGGCUAACGAAGGACCUGUAGACAUGUGGAAAACUCAUAAUGUGUUGGCUUCACAGCCCGAGGUGUAUCCUGCUGCUCUUCGUGCACAGAAAAGAAGACAACAAGAGAUUAAAAAGAAAGCUCAACUGCGAGAAGAAGCAGUAAAAAAGAAGGAAACACCAGCACAUUUUGAUGUGGAUGUUGCAUUUCCAAAAACCUGGUGGAUGACAGAGUAUCAGAGAAACUUUUGUAAAGAGGAAGAUGUCAAGAGACACUUUUUGAGAUAACAUGUACUGUACAUUAAAUGACCAAGUGCUUGACUUUUGAGUACAUGCCAACCAUCACAGUCAAAAGUGUUUGUUCUUAAUUUUAGAGAGUGGUAAUUAUCACAGCCAUGUAGUACUACUUGUUCUCAAACUCAUGAGUAAUUCAUGCUGAGAAAACAAAGGAAAUUACAACCGUGAAAGAGGUUUGGAUAUGUGGUCUUAAUUAUCAUAAAAUUUGGUGAACUUUUGCUUUGAUUUUCUUCAAGAAUUAUUAAUGGUUUGAGAAGCUAUAUCAAACAUUUGAAAGGGUGUUUCAUCUGAUAUCCAAACACCUUGAAGUUGGUUAAAAAAAAAACUCAGCUGCACCUCAUUUUUUCAACCACUUCUCAGUGUUUAGAUAUCAGAUGAAACACUCUUCCCCAUGUUUGAUAUUUUACAUCAAGCAAGCUCAAGUACAAAGUUCAUUUACUACAAAAUAUGAUUCAUAGAUUUGAACAUUUUUUUAGUGUAUAGUUUUUUAGUCAAGUUUGUGCUUCAGUAGAGUGAUCAUUUUUUAACUAGAUUAAAGCAUAAAAUACUGUGAUGUAAUCUCAUGUGAAUUGUGUUCAAAUGUCUGUUACUCCUGUUGUACUGCAUUGGGUAUCCUUCCUCCUAAUCUUCAUGGAAAGUUUUGACAGGAGCAUUUUUUACAACUGAGCUUCCAUUUACAAAUCUCACUGGUAAGGUAAGCUGGGAUCUUCUCAUAAGUUCUGUGAGUAGUUCCCUCUCUAUUACCUCAGGCCUCUAAUGGAAACUGUGUUUUUACCAAGUAGAGAGCAUUUCUGAAUCAGCAAAAUCCCAUGGCUGUGCAUGAGGCAAAAUACAGUAAGAUUAAUUAAGAGAUUGCCCAUACCAUACCUCAGAAACUAACACAGUGUCCUCCUCCCCAUUUUUUGUAGUAAAGUAUAUUGCCUCUUUACAUGUAACAUUAGUGUGUGAGGUUUCAAGGGAAAGGUUGUCUGAUUUUAGCAAAUCACUUUCACCUUAACCCUUAAUUGACCCAAAAGGGACAAGCAUCUAAGUUACCUUCCAAUAUCACCCAUGAAUUGCAUAUUAAAGUCUGGAAGAUAUGAUCAUCACCUAAAGAAGCUCUUGAUUGUGAAACAAAUUCUCCUAGUCACUCCCAUUGGAAAUCUACCAAACAGUGUAGAGAAAAUACAUCCUGAUGUUGGGGUGUAAA